AGAAAGGUAUGCUCAACUUUGUGGAAUAUAAGGUUUUCAUUCCAUUAUGAAGGUAAUGGCCAUGCAACAAUGUGGGUUAUUAAUCACUAUUGGGAUAAGUAAUGAAGUUACUUAAUGAAGAUACACAGGUGUAGUCUAGUCUAAUUUUACAUGGAUUUAAGUAUAAGGUUGAAUAUUUAGAUAUUCGUAUAAACAAGCCACCAAGGUGUAAAGAUACUGUCAAAGCUACUCUUGCUGAGACAACCAUUUUAGCACACAACUGAAAUACAAGCAGAGGAGGAUGCUGCAAAUAACACAGCAGCUCAUUUAACACACUACCGCCAUAUCCAAUCCCAACCAUCCUAUCAUUAGAGGCCUUUUCUCAGUGCUGUCAAAAGUAUUCGAUUAAAUUUGUAUCUAUUAAUGCCCUCCUUCUACCACGUUUAAUCAAUGAGAAGAUAAACCCCAUAGAUCAGUCAGAGAGAAUUGCGACAUUAAUAAGGUUUAAAAAAAAACCAAAAAAACAAAAAACUAAACUACUAAGGAGCUAUUAGUACUGUACUACAGCGUUAAGAAAUAUGUUCUGUGACUGUUCCCACGUGCUCUUGUUUACCUUGUUUGUGGCCACGCCCCCUUGACUUUCUUGUUUCACCUGCCAUGUGUUCAUAGUCGCGUUAGUGUGCAUGCAAACCCUCGUGUUGGUUCGGUUGUUUGUCGGUCGUUGUCCUGACCGCGCCCUGUAUUCCUGCUGGGAUCGUAUGUGUGUAUCGUCGUGUCACUUUGACGUCUGGAUGGAAACGUCCCUUUCCCAUGAGGCUCCCCGGCGUCUUUAGGGCAGCAUUGCUGGAAUAUGUUGGAGAGGGAGUAAAGCAGAUGUUUAAAUGGUUAAUAGUAAACAACAACUCUGUAGCCUUAGAAUCCAACCUGUUCAGUUUAAUGUGUUCAACGGAAUGAUCUAAAGGACGUCUUCAUUCGUCUCUGCUGAGGAGCUUGGUGAACGACUCUUGUCGAAGUGCAGAUUAAGGCUAACUGCAGUGAGGACGCAGCAAGCCGGAAGCUGCAAGAUUGUGACGCCGCCUUAGCUUCGUCAAAAAAACAAAACUGAAAGCAAAACAUCAGUUUCCAUUAGGUGAUCAGUGUCUAUCCUGCUUGCCGACGUUUCUAAGGAACGUAUCAGAAGAUCUUGAAACAAGAACUCUUCAUCAUAAUGAAUGCUAUUGCAAAACCCUAUGAGUGGCACUUGUUUGAUGGACAGCAGUGGUCUUCCAUCUGUAAUGAUCAUAUAAUUGAAUCUCACUAUUGCCAACCAGGUGCUAGAGGGAUGACCAUUGACACUCACUUGGGGGCACUUUAUAUUGACUUUGAUGCCAUGACAGUAAGAGGACCUUUUGCUGGACUUGGUAUACGGCGAGAGAUGCUCCUCUCCCACAACCAGACACAAGAAGUAGGAUGGUACUUCAAAGACAACAGCUACUGGCAGGAAUAUGGAACCCAGGGAACAUCUUCAGUAAACAGCCAAACCUUGGAGCAAUGGUAUAAUACUAACCCUGAAGGUUCCUUCCAGUUUACAGUAGGACGCAGUACCUAUGUAAUAGACUUCUCUGCCAUGACCCAAACACGACGAUCCACUCAUGUGUUGAGGAAAGUGAGGAGACGUCCAAAAUUUAACUCUUCAGUCUUUGUGAAUGACAGUCUAUUUACAGAUACACCAUCUCCAUUGUCUACAUCCAUAAAUUCAUCCAUGGGGAUCACUUGGGAAUUUAUGGGUGAGGAAGGCAUCUGGACAGAGUAUCAGAAACCAGGCUGUUCUUUGGACAGUAUUGACAUAGAGAACCAGUAUCAGCUCAACCCACAUGGCCAGCUUACUUUUACCGCUGGGCGAUACAGUUACACCCUUGAAUUCAGUGAAAUGUUUCAGAUCAAUAGCACCUUUGGAACAAAGAGACAUGUCCGCCGAACAACUGGGGAAAAUCAUUACAACAGCAGUGCUCUGUCUCAAAUUCAGUGGCAGUACAAUGAUGAGAACGGAUACUGGAAAGACUAUGUUAAAGGCAGUGCAAGGGGAAGUUGUACCAUCUCCAGCCAGGACAUUGAGAGACAGUACCAGCAGAACAGCACAGGGAGUAUGAGCUUCAGAACAGGGAGGUUCAACUACAUACUUGACUUCUCAGCAAUGAUCCAGACGAACAUGUCCACUCAAACGAAGAGACCAGUCCGUCGCCUGCUCCAAUGAUGCGUCUCAGAAACGCUUAGGUUACCUGUCUCUUUUUACCACUGCAGAAGCCUUUAUCCAGUGACUGCCUUUUGUCUGACUGUUCACUACCUCCACUAGUGCUGACUCGCAGCAUAGAAGCCUUAUAUCUGUUGAUUUAUUUGUUGUCAUUAGCCAAGGUCACUGCCACUUUGCCUGUGCUUGAAGAUAAACAAUGGUUCAUGAAGUUGAAAUGGUCAAACUUUCCAGAACCUUCCCUGCUCUCCUGAUGUUGUCGGGUUUGCAGAACUUUGGUUUUUUAUUCCUUUCUUCUAUAAUGUCCUCAGUUAAUUUUACCAUUGAUAUGCCAGUGACAAUUUCUAUGAUGCACUUUACCUGUGUUAUAUUUCCAUGUUAAUCCUAACAGGAAAUCUAAAGUAAAAAUAAUUUGUAUUUA